UCUAAGCUCUCUAACAACAGUGGGAUUCCUGGUCCUACUUUAGGCUGGAACGGCACCUCUUAUCCCUGUAAGGAUAGGUGGAGAGGCAUCACUUGUGAUCAUGAACAACUUUACGUGAAGGAAAUCGUUCUUGAUGGCUUUGAUUUCUCGGGCGUUCUUGAUGCUAGACUUCUUUGCAAUGUGCAAUCUCUUUCUGCAUACCUUUUGGUUGUCAACGUUACCAACAAUAGCAUCACUGGGGAGAACAUGGAAGACAUUAAGAACUGCUUCCAGCUCUCUCAUUUAAUCAUCGCCUGGAAUCAGUUCUCCGGCGACCUCCCCAAGUCUUUUUCUCAGCUGAAGAAGCUGGAAGUUCUUGACGUGUCGCACAAUAAAUUCUCCGGUUCUUUACCUGAAUCCUUAAACCCUGGCCUCAAGGUGUUUCUGGCUCAAGAUAAUCAAUUCAGUGGUGAUAUACCGGGCUAUGAUUUUUCCAGCUUGUCAGAGUUUAACGUUUCUUAUAACAAUUUAAGUGGAGCUAUCCCGGAUGAAGCUAAUCGUUUCAAAUUGAGUAGUUUCAUCUACAAUCCUAAUUUGUGUGGCCCGCCGUUGCCAAAAAACUGCACGCCAGCAUCACUAGCCGCAGAGUCCGCACCGGUUCCUCCACCCAAAUCCAGAACAGUAAAUGGUGGCGGCGGCGGCAGCAGCAGCAGCAGUUCAAAAGAUCAGAUUCUCAUGUUUGCGGGCUAUAUUCUGAUAGGUUUCGCUGUUUUUCUGAUCCUCCUCCUCUGUGUGUACAGAAGGUGCAGGACAAAAGAAGAAAGACUCGACCUUGAUAACAAGGUAGCAGCAGUUGAUGAUACCAUGACUAAGCCUAGUUUCUCCACGGUGGAGCUGAAGGCAGGAGGUGUGAGCAAAACCGACUUUUCCACUGCUUCAGCUGAAAGUGGAACGGCUUCUACAUCGGUCGUGGUUCUGACAAGCCCGGAGACAACCGGACUGAGAUUUGAAGACUUGCUCAAGUCCCCCGCUGAGCUGCUUGGAAGAGGAGAACACGGUAGCAUGUACAAGGUUGCCUGUGAGGGUCAGGGCAUGACUCUUGUUGUAAAGAGGAUUAAGGAUUGGCCGAUAUCAAGCAGUGAGUUCAAGCAGAGAAUGAGGAGGCUCAACCAAGUGAAGCAUCCCAGUGUUUUGUCCCUUGUUGCAUACUACAGCUCCAGACAGGAGAGGCUCCUGGUCUAUGAAUAUCAACAGAAUGGGAGCCUUUUUAGACUAAUCCAUUCCCAUGGAAAUCAAACAGGCCAACCGUUCAACUGGAGCAGCAGACUUUCUGUUGCGGCUAAAGUAGCUGAUGCCUUAGCCUUCAUGCAUGAAGAACUACACUACGACAGAAUCCCUCAUGGCAACUUGAAAUCGUCCAACAUUUUGCUAAACAAGGAUAUGGAACCAUGCAUUAGUGAGUAUGGACUAAUGAUCGUGGGCAAUCAGGAGCAGACGCCGUCCAUUUUAACUAAUGGGACCCUCGAAGCAGCCCAAGAAGAGAGUGACUCCCUCUUUAAGGCAGACACUUAUGCUUUUGGAGUGAUUCUUCUCGAACUGCUAACAGGGAGAAUGUCUUUGCACGAGGGACUAGACCUUGCUAGUUGGGUUCUGGCAGUGGUCAGGGAAGAAUGGACGGUGGAGGUAUUCGACAAGAACCUGAUACAUGAAGGUGCUAGCGAGGAGAGGAUGGUUAACGUGUUACAAAUUGCAAUAAAAUGCGUUAACAGGUCCCCCGAGGCAAGGCCUAGCAUGAAACAGGUGGCCUUAGAGAUGGCCACGUUAAGGGAGGAGAACGAGCGAUCAAUAGACAUUUCAGAACAAUCGAUCAGCAGGUCUUUCAUUGAUGUAUAGGGGAAGAUCACAUCAGAUUUACUGAUGAAGGUCAAAGAUUUCUUGAUAUUGCUCAUAUGGUAGAACCAUUGUAGUUCCUAGAGUAGUGUACUGCAGUAUUCUUUUCUAAUGCAAUAAGCAUGCUUUCCUUUUAGCUUAUGAAUUACGUGUACUUAUUAAGGUUAGGAAUUACUGUGUGAAAUGCAACUAUAUAUAGUUUGAA